CUGUGGCUCGCUACAAAUACAAUAUUAUAGUAUGACAAAUUUGACAGAAUUCUUCAGAUUGAUGGGUUUAGGAAGAAUUCAACCUCCCUCUUCUAGAACCCAUUUAAUGAGAUUCUACGUUAUAUAUCAUAAUUGAUAGCCGAUCAUCUUGGCUUUUCAUUUCCACGUUCAAUAAAUCUUCUUCUUCUUCGUCUUCUUCUUCUUCUUUCUUUGAAUUAUUGAGAAAUUUGUGUAAUAUGGGGAAUUUGGAGACGGCGGUUAUGGAGUUUCUGAUUCCGUCAUGGUGGGAGGUGCAAGUCACGGUGGCGGCCGCGGCGUUUGUGGUGUUGGCUUAUUGGUUUCUCUCUCUGGGUGGCGGCGCCGGUGUUGGAGGAGAAGGAAACGCGGAUGAUCGCAUGAUGGUUGGCGGUGAUGAAAUUGAUGAGAAAGAUAAGGGCGUUUCUAUAUAUAAAGCAGAGUCUCAAGCUAAUGCUGCAUACAUGAUUAAGGUGGAACUCCUUGCAGCUAAGAAUCUUAUUGGUGCAAAUUUAAAUGGCACUUCAGAUCCUUAUGCAAUAAUUACCUGUGGCAGAGAAAAACGAUUCAGUUCAAUGGUUCCUGGAUCAAGAAAUCCUAUGUGGGGAGAGGAGUUUAACUUUCCGGUUGAUGAACUUCCUGCUGAGAUUAAUGUGACAAUAUAUGAUUGGGAUAUAAUUUGGAAAAGUGCAGUUCUUGGCUCUGUAACUAUUCCUGUUGAAACUGAAGGUCAAACUGGUGCCUUGUGGUACUCACUGGAUAGUACAUCUGGGCAGGUUUGUCUUCAUAUCAAAACAAUUAGGCUUCUUAUCAAUUCUCCCAGGGAAUUGAAUGGCUUUGCCGGAGCAAAUGCUAGGAGGAGGACGUUGGAUAAACAGGGUCCAACAGUUGUUCAUCAGAGACCAGGGCCACUGCAAACAAUAUUUGGUCUUCUUCCAGAUGAGGUUGUUGAGCACAGCUAUUCAUGUGCACUUGAGAGAUCAUUUCUGUAUCAUGGCAGAAUGUAUGUCUCCGCUUGGCACAUCUGCUUCCAUUCUAAUGUAUUCUCAAAGCAAAUAAAGGUCAUUAUACCUUUUGGAGAUAUCGAUGAGAUAAAGAGAAGCCAGCAUGCUGUCAUCAAUCCAGCAAUUACCAUUGUUCUCCGCAUGGGUGCUGGUGGGCAUGGAGUGCCUCCUCUGGGAAGUCCUGAUGGUAGAGUUAGGUAUAAGUUUGCAUCAUUUUGGAACAGAAACCAUGCUUUGAGAGGUUUACAGCGUUCAGCAAAGAACUAUCAUACAAUGCUUGAAUCUGAGAAGAAGGAGAAGGAACAAUCAGCACUACGUGCCCAUAGUAGUUCCGUAAGAGGUAGCGAGCGUCAAGAUAAGGUUCCAAAGGAAAGUGUUGCAAAGUUUCAACCAUUUAUCAGGGAGGAUGUACUUUCUAGUAUCUACAGUGAUACUUUCCCAUGCACGGCAGAGCAAUUCUUUGAAUUACUACUGAAUGAUGGGUCAACCUUCACAAAUGAGUAUCGAGCAGUACGAAAAGAUACCAAUCUUUCGAUGGGUCCAUGGCAUGCUGCAGAUGAGUAUGAUGGUCAAGUCAGGGAAAUUACACUCAGAUCACUAUGCAACAGCCCAAUGUGCCCUCCAGAUACAGCAAUGACAGAAUGGCAACAUGCGGUUUUAUCAGCAGAUAAAAAGAUGCUGGUCUUUGAGACUGUACAACAGGCACAUGACGUUCCUUUUGGAUCUUAUUUCGAGGUUCACUGUAGAUGGUCUUUAGAUACCAAGUCUGACUCCUCAUGCAACAUGGAUAUAAAAGUGGGGGCACAUUUUAAGAAAUGGUGUGUGAUGCAGUCUAAAAUCAAGGCAGGUGCUAUCAAUGAGUAUAAGAAAGAGGUUGACAUUAUGCUGGACGUCGCUCGUUCAUGUAUCAAAUCAAGAACUUCAAAUGCUACAACCGAAAAUGUUGCCUCUGCUCCGUCGGUCGCGCCAGAAAUCAGAUAGUAAUGCGCCCUUGUUAAAGUUAUUGUGGGUCAAUAUGGGUUUUAAGCCUCUUGUAGUCCAUUCUUCAAUUGGCAUUCUGUUGUGAACAACUGCAGUCUUCUGUAACAUGUCAUUUGGCUGCCAAUCUUUAUGUUUUGUCCCACCCUAUCUCCUUUGUAGAGAACCAGUGGUGUGUUUUGUAAUCCUUGUGUUAAUGGAAAUUUUUGUUUAAUUAAAAGAAUGGAAAUUCUUUUCCGUCUUUGUUGAAA